AUGCUGGUGUUUGUGAAGAAUGGGGAAGUGAUUCACACAGAGGACCUCAAGAAUGUGGAUCCGCUGACACUGGAGACGUAUGAGGAGCUCCUGUCAAGCACAGGGUCUGUUGUUUUUUGUAUUUUGGUAUGUGAGAACACCAAGCACGUGUAUCUAGCAAGCAGCAUUGUUAGUAUGAGAUAUACGGUUUCCGGGGCAAUUCGGAUAUACAAACUGAAGGAUCCCUCUACCAGAAACGAGGUCAAAGACAUCUUGUAUUUCGAGGUUGUUAAGAAUCCUCUGUACCUCAGGAUAUUUAAGGACAUCCAAAAAAGCAACCUCUUGCGGGGAAAGGAAGAUGCAAUGGAUAGUCUGAGGGAUGGCGCCUGCGAGCCCCCGCAUUCUGGAACCAUGGUGAGGGCUGUGUACAUAGGAAGCGAGCUCGACCUGGUAUACAAUGCAGAUCUGCAGAAGAAGGUGUUUCGAAACGGAGAAAAGAGGGGGUCUUUUGUCUCUACUCUUAUUGGAGGAGCAGUGUUCUUCCUGUCCUUUAUUCUGCUGUUUUUCUUUAUGGUGUGUUUUUUCUACAUCUUGCUAAGGUUUGUGCUGCUUGCAUGA